ACUAAAUUGGGGAGAAGAGGCAGUGGAGGCGCGGCCGCUCUAGUCUUCUUCUUCUGCUCCCUCGCCGUCUCGACCACCGCCGCGACCGCGAGAUCUCCGGCAUCCUCCGGCCCCCAUCCCUGCGAGGCGUCGGAAGCAAUGGCUGCGAAAGGAGGCGGGCCGAGCGACCUGGAGAAGGAGCAGAUGUUCGGGAUGGCGGAGAAGGAGAUGGAGUACAGGGUCGAUCUCUUCAACCGACUUACACAUAGUUGUUUUGACAAGUGCAUUGAGAAAAGGCAUAAAGAAGCUGAGCUCAAUAUGGGAGAGAACAGUUGCAUUGAUCGGUGUGUUUCAAAGUACUGGCAGGUGACUAACUUGGUUGGUCAGAUGCUUGGGAAUCGGCCUCAGAUAUGAGCUGGGAAGCAGUAGCUGUGUUUUCUGUAGCAGAGUAUUGUUGCUAUGUUCUAUUUUGGAUUUAGAAUGUUCACCACCAUCUAAGUAAAGCAUGUGUGACCAACUAAUUCGUAUACUGCUUAAAAGGAAACCCCCAGUGUGUUGCCCUUUCCAGUGAUGUACCUUGUCUCCAAAUCAUGAGCAGAGGCACAUGCCUGUAAUAAUUCGAUACAGCUUGAGAGAUUUUGUUGCCAAAGCUGCUCUUUUUCAUGGUUAUGAUUAUGCCUGUUGUCUGAA